CCCGGUCCCGCAGCCGCAGAGGCGCAGAGUGAUGAUAUGAGCAGAUUUACAAGAGUUUGUGUGUCGUGCUAAGUAAAUUCAAUCUUUUCAUUGCUUACUUUGGGUGUCAUCAGUACUUCCCUCAUUUAUUUUCACUAGUGCAGUCGACUUAAUACUUUUCAUUAACUUACUCAGUACAUUGUAGUUCUAAGGCAGAGGGAGAAGAAUAGUUAAACUUUCUUGUCAUCCUCACGACCGGAUGAUUGCUAUUUUGUCUCUUGUGUGUCCCAAAAUUGUUCCCAAAUCAGGCUUCCUAGGUUCAUCCAGUGUUCUCAUUCAACAACUGAACAUGAGUUUUGCCGUGGAAAAAGAGAAGUACAUGAAAAUGUCUGCAGAAGAGAAGCGGACUCUGACUAAAUCCAAAAAAGUCUCUUUAGCGGACAUUGACACGUGGGAUGUUUAUUUAUCCAAAAAUUCAGAUCAACUGAGGAAUCAAUUGGAUGCACGCCUGAAACAAGGCUCUCUUGAUGUAGAAGAAUUCACAGUUGACCCUGAUCUUGCGAAGCGUGUCUCAAUCUUUGAUGGUGAUAUCACUGGCCUGUUUGUUGAUGCCAUCGUAAAUGCUGCAAACAGCCGUCUACUGGGUGGUGGAGGAGUUGAUGGAGCAAUUCAUAGAGCAGCUGGACCUUUACUAUUAGAGGAGUGUAAAACUUUGAAAGGCUGUCCAACAGGUGAUGCAAAAAUAACUGGUGGUUAUAAGUUACCAGCCAAAUAUGUAAUUCAUACUGUGGGCCCCCAGGACGGUUCAGAUAAGGAUCUUAGGAGUUGCUAUGAGAAAUCACUGCAAUUGUGCAUUGAACAUGAUAUACACAGUGUUGCUUUUCCAUGCAUCUCCACUGGAGUUUAUGGAUUUCCCCAUGAACGAGCAUCCAUAAUUGCUACAACAACAGUUAGAAAGUUUUUGCAAGAUAAUCCUAGCAUUGAGAGGGUGAUAUUUUGUGUCUUUCAAGAGGUGGAUGUCAAAAUCUAUCAAAAUAUCCUCCAGAAAGUUUUUCCUGUGAAUUAAUGCAAUUUUGGCGCAGGGUUAUCAUUGGCAAAAGCCUCGUCUCCUGUCUGAGGAUGUAAUGCUUACCUUAUGCUCCCCUCACCACUGCAGUCUUUUAAAUUUACAGUGUUUGACGGUUCAAGAUUUUGCAGAUUUUCUUUUCAAAUUUUCUCAAAAUCAUGACCAUUCACCAAGUCAAAGAAAAAUAAUGGAACCAUGCUUCAAGUUAAUUAUGAUGAAGAAGGUGUAUACUCGCCUCAAAAGAAGGAUUUCUUGUUUUUCCCAACAGCGCUAAAAUCUGUAACUUAAAGUUUAUUCAGUAAAAAUUAAGAAUAAUUAGGUAGCAGAAAAUUAUUCUAAAAUUGAAAUGAAAGGACCUAAGAAAUUUUUAAAGCAACACAAAGAAACAUGUUUGUCAGCCUCUAAACUCAAAUGGUUCCAAUCUUCGAAGGAAGGAAACCAAAGCCUCUUGCCCAUUUUAAGCAUUUAUAUAUAUUUUGUAACUUUUUAAUCAAACUUCUAACCCUAGUAAUUAGCUGUGUAAUUUGUAAAUAACAAGAAAAUGACAGGUUACCAAGUCUCGAAUGUUGUGAGCAAGGAGCAGGAUGUGAUGAAAGUUAAGUGUCUUUUAGAUAAAGUUGAAUAUGUAUCCGCAGUCAACUCAAUGUUUUAUCAAAGUGAAGAGAAAAACUAUGCAAUGUUUGAGUAGGGUCGAUCAUUUUCAACUGAGCAUACCUUUUUGUUAUGUGAUAUAAUGUAAUUGCGUUCAAAACGCUCUAAUAUGUAUUUUUUCUCAAAGCCCUAAACAUCUGAUUUUUUUUUAAAAUUAAAAUCCCUAGUAUGAUUCCUCUAUUAUGUUUUCUGUGAAAGUUUGUUUUUUCAUUUUCUUUACAGACCCAUAAAUUCCUAGGGAUUCCCAGGGUUAAAAUAUUGUUAAAUAGGCGAAUGAAAGUAACAUACAUUCUCUGGUUCCCCUCCCCCCCUCCAUUUUUUUUUACCGUCAAAAUUAUCAACUUCUUUUCAGUCUGCAUCUCUACAACUUAGUCAGAGACAAAAACCUUAGUUUUUACUAUAUGUUACACAGUUUAUAAUAGGUUUCUUGAUUUUUUAUUCAAUUUUCGAAAAUUUUGUAAUUUUGAAGUAAUAAAUUGUUUAUUUUUCACCCAAAA